AUGGCUGCAACUGCCGGAAUGACUCGUGAUGGUGAGAUGAUGAAGAAUCACCGUGUCUUGUUUGGUCUCCCAGCUCAACAAGGCGGCAGCUCACCACGGCCUACGUCUGAGGCGCGAAGGGCGUCAGUCCAGGGUGCUCGUGCCAUUUGCGCCAGUGCUGAUCAAGAACCUCUGAUCAAGAGGGAGGAUGUCAAUGUGGAUAAUCAGGCCCAUCAAGCAGAGUGGCUUGGUACCAUGCGCCAGCUUGAGCAUCCAAACAUCAUUCCGGUCCUCGGGCCUGAUGUCAAGCUGAGCAAUGUGAUGCUGGACGGUGACGAGGACCAACCUGUUGUGCGGCUGGGCGAUUUCGACAUUACCAGGGCCGCAGCUGAAGUCACGAAAAUGCCUUGCACGGCCACCGCGUCGUCGGGCACGACUGGCUAUGUGGCACCGGAGGUGCUUUUCGGCCGGGGUCGAGUGGGGGCGCGUCCGGCACAGGAUGCCUUUUCCUUUGGCUGUGUGCUGUACAACACCUACAUGUACCCGCAGACGGUGUCACCUGCUCUAUCUCCGAGUGAUGAGGUUGUGGAUCAUUGCAGAUGGUUUGUGCAAACAGGAGAUGGUGGCUGCAGCUUUCCGCACUUGGCGGCUGAGAUGUGUGACGUGACGAGCGAUUUGCACAAGGAAACACGGGCCUUGCUUGCAACAGAUCCGAAGCAGCGGCCAACUCUCUUCAGCGCCGGGCAGGGUGUGCAGCGACCUGUCACGACCCAAGUUGUUGGGCCAGCCAUUGACGUUUUGCGCGACGCACCCGAGCUCAUUCCCGAGGUGGCUGAGCUGCUACAGCAGUUGAGCACGGACGGGCGAGGACCAGGCAACGUUGCAGCGAAGCGGGUAGAGCGCGUGCACAACCCGGUGCUGUGGGAACGCUACAGCGCAAAACGACGCAAGAUGCUGCACCGCCUCACGAGUCAGGGGCACUAUGAUUCACUUGUAACCACCACAUCGAACGCACUUCGGGGCUGUCCAGCUUUGCUUCGGGAUACACCCUGUCAAGAGCGCCUGCUGCUCCACGGCAUCGCGCCCGCGCCAUUGCGGCGCGAGAAGAUUGUGCGCCUGGGCCUAGACUAUCGCUUUGCCGGCAGCCGCGCGGGCCACAAGUAUGGACUUGGCGUUUACUUGGCUGACCAUCCCGGCAAGAGUCACAACUAUGCGACGCCCAGAGGAAACGGUGCACGCAUUCUCAUCGUCGCGCGAGCCCUGUUGGGCCGUGCCUAUGUCCAUGCUUCGCCUCCUUCCGGGGCACUGGCUCCCCCGCUGCUGCCCCAUGCGCCCAACAACGAUCGAUUUGAUUCUGUCAUUGCUACAUCGCAAAAUACGUUUCGCGAGGUGAUAAUGUUCGACAACGCCCAGAUUUACCCGAACUAG